AUGAGCAAAACCAAUGAUUUUGACAUUCAAAGUCCAUUCUGUGUUCUCUGUGGACGGACAGAUGACUGCCCUGAAAAGUAUGGAGAAAAAAGGACCUAUGUGGAAUACAAUCUCACUGUUCAUUAUUACUGUUUGUUGAUGUCAAGUGGCAUUUGGCAGAGAGGGGAAGAAGAUGAAGGUGUAGAUGGAUUCUUGAUCACAGAUAUUAGAAAAGAAGUAAACAGAGCUGCAAAACUGAAAUGUAAUAUCUGUAGGAAAAAAGGUGCAUCGAUUGGAUGUGUAGCCCCCAAAUGCAAACGAAGUUACCAUUUUCCUUGUGGGUUACAAAAGGAAUGUAUUUUCCAGUUCAUGGAAGACUUCAGAUCUUACUGUUGGGAACAUAAACCAGUCCAAAAGUUUCCGGAUAAAGAACCUAGAGGAACUUCACAGUGUACAAUUUGCCUGGAUUUGGUUGAACAACUUCCAAUGUACGCUGUAUUGAAAAGUCCUUGCUGUAAAAAUGCUUGGUUUCAUCGAGAAUGUUUGCAGUAUCAAGCUUUGAGUGCUGGGAUAUUUUUCUUUAGGUGCACAGUAUGUAAUAACAAGGACAAAUUUCAGAAAGAAAUGUUGAGAAUGGGCAUACACAUUCCGGAAAAGGAUGCAUCUUGGGAACUUGAAGAGAAUGCAUAUCAAGACCUACUGCAAUGUUAUCAGCACUGUGAUGUUGAAAGCUGUCUCUGCAAGAAAGGAAGAGACUAUAGUGAACCUGAUAGUAAAUGGGAAAUAAAGCGUUGUCAGUGUUGUGGUUCCCGUGGAACUCAUUUAGCCUGUUCAUCUAUGAAGUCAUGGGAGCAAAACUGGGAGUGUAUGGAAUGCAGAAGUAUCUUUGCAAAAUCAGGGAACUAUAGUAAACAGAAAAAGCGUUCUCUGGCUACCUCUGAAAAGACAGAUGGGACAACUUGUUUGCUGGAAGAGCCAUCUCCAAAGUGCCCUCGGCAGUCACCUGGAUCUCAACGCAGUUUUCUUCUCCAGUCACCAAAGAUAAUGUGCCAGAACAACUUGUCACACUGCUCACAUCUAGAACUUCCAUCAUCUGACCGAGUGACGAUGUCCUUGUCUCCACUGAUGUCAAACAGGAACGAAUCUCUGAGGAAAAAGCUUUUAAGAAAGCAAAGAAGAGAAGUUUCUAAUAUACUGAAGGAGUUAAAGCUGCAAGUUAAUACAAAAACGACAAGGCUUAACAUCAAUGCAAAAGAUUUCUGGAUCAGUGCUUUAAAAGGAUUUAGGCAGCGCAACUUCAGUCCUACAAACACCAUUGAAAUAAACUUCACAAACUGCAAAAAUAGAUCAAAGACGCAUACUUCUGCUGCAUCAAAACGCCGUUUCUUCCAAUUAUUAAUGCAUCACCUUCAGAAUUCAUCAUUGUUUGACAAGGGCUCUUCUGGAAAGAACUUGUCCCUUGAUUUUCAAGCUGUAAAAGACAAUCUUUAUUUUGAAGCUGGUAAAAUGAUUGCAGUUUCUCUGGUUCACGGUGGCCCAUCUCCUGGUUUCUUUUCCAAAACACUGUUUGAUUGUCUUGUCUAUGGUCCAGAGAAUGUGAAGCCAGCCUUGGAAGAUGUUGCUGAUGUUGAUGUAGCCAAAACAAUAAAAAUGAUAAAAUAUGCAAAUAGUUUGUCCAGCCUACAGUCUACAAUACGCAACUGUUAUGAGUUCCUUGCUGCUGCUGGAUGUUUAAGACCUGUAACAGCUUUGUGUGAUAAGAAUAUGCUCGUGAAUGACAUACUGAUCUAUCAUGUAAUCAAGAGAAUUAUUUCACCCUUAGAAAGUUUUAGGCAAGGUUUGAAAACUCUUGGUGUCCUAGAGAAAAUGCAAAUGCAUCCGGAUGCAUUUGCUAGUUUAUUGUGCCACGAACCUGAAAGACUUUCAGCAGAAACUAUUUGUGAUCUCUUUACGAUCCAUUCUUCAUCAGAUGUAAAUAAAGUUGAAGGUGCUGAUUUUUGGAUGGGUUAUUUGCAAGAUGUGGAAAGUGGUGAGUCUGUAGUGACAUUGGAGGAUAUUCUGCUCUUUGUAACAGGCUCCCUUUCUAUACCACCCAUUGGUUUUGAUCCUAAACCUACUAUUAAAUUUUUGCAUAUAAGGUAUCCUGUUGGAAACAGACUCCUGAAUUGCUUAGAGCUCCCUAUAACAAAGACAUACGAGCAGUUUAAAAAUAAAAUGGAGUUCACCAUCAGAAACACACUAAAUGUUGAAAGAGAAUAAAUAUUUUUGCUACUAAACC